AAACUUUCCAGGCAUUCAUUGCAUCCACACACACACACACACAUAAACACAUCAAAAUCUUCAAAUGGAAACAAUCAAACAAACUAAACCUUCCAUCAAAGAUACCAAACGCUUUCCAUUUAUAUCUCUGUUGGUGGUGGUUAGGAUUGUUGGUGUUCCCGUUGUUGCUAAUGUCAGUUAUGUUGACAUUGUGUUGUCCAGUGUAGUGAGGAAGAAAAGACAGGCAAACAAACAAACAAGCAAGCGAACAAACAAUGAUGAAUUGACAUCCGGUCAUCUCAAUGCGAUGAUUGACAUACUCACAUAUAUACAUAUAGACAACGAUGGAGAUGAUGACGAGGAUGAUGAGAAUAUAAAAUGUGAAGAUGGUUAAAAAGAAAGCGUAGG